AUGAACGAGCGAUAUCGUGGUGGACAAGAUCUGAUAAUCGACUUGCCAGCUGACUACGACAUUCAGCACGUCGACUGGCUAGCAAUCUAUUGCUACAAGUUCCGUGUCGAUUUCGGUCAUGUGGCCAUUUCAAACGUUUCUUCAAGGAUUCCACCUUAUGUUCCUCCCCAGAAAAGAUUCGACGACAUUUCUCCUGUAGAUGGAUGGCCUACAAUAUCAUUACUUGGAAAUGAAAACAGGCGGAACUUUACUUUUCAGCUGGGAGUACCCGGAGGGAAGAAGGGAUAUCAGGCUAUGGCACGUGCUCGACCUGCUAAAUAUGUUUGGUACGUAAAUGGACUUCUCGCAGAUAUCUACCUCAAGCGAGGAGUUACUUACUCUUUUAUGUGAGU